UAUCUUCUAAAAAAAGCCUGAUAGAGCCCAGCCUCGGAUCCGAAGCAACGAGCUUCGGAUCACCGAGCCUCACGUUGGGGCCGAGCCUGAGUGUUGUUGCUGUGUUCGUUGAAAAUUUCGCACUAUUUCGAUCACUUUAUCUGUGUGAGCUGAGAGAGUCCUGUUUUCUUCUGCUUCCCACCGCUUCAAACCCUAACGCUUGCUUCUUCGACACUCUCGCGGGAUCAAUUUGGAGCUUCAAUGGAGCCUUCUCAAUCUCACUGAUUAAAUGAUUGUAGCUCAAAGGUGUAUUUUUGGACAACAUAAUAUUUGGAGGAACUUUUUCUUUAUCUUCCUUGUUUUAGUAUACUUUCUUAUAAAUAGAUAUUUUCUGAAAAUUUGUGGGCUGAGUUAUCUAUGCCGGGAAACGAAGUAGGAGACAGGGUCCAUAAUUUUUUUGGUCAAGAGAACUUGUCCCAGGGCCAGUAUCAUUCACAGGCAGUUGACGGGAACUGGCCAGGGCUAAGCAACAAUUUGUGGGCUGGUAGCCAGAGACCGACUGGUGCUCCUUUUAUUUCCAAUUUGAAGAAUUUCAGUAUACAGCAAUCAGAUUUUGAGCAGGGACACACUAGCACACAACAUUUACGACAUGGUUUGAACCUGGCACAAUCAAAUUUGAGGCCUGACUCUGUCAGGAAUCAACUCCCGAACCAACAGACAACUGUAAAUGGCUAUAUGCAGGGACAUCAGGUUUUUCAGUCGAGGCAAAAUGAAGCAAAUAUUUUGGGAAUGGAUACAGAGGCUGAUUUGCAUGGCAUGUCAAAUCUGUCAAGAGGAAUGUCUGUACUAGAGUCACAACAAGGACCUGGUCUUGAACAUUAUAAGAAACACAUGACUAGGACUGAGGCAUCAGAGUCUCCCGUUAAUUAUGAUUUUUUUGGAAGUCAACAACAAAUGAGUGGUCGCCAUUCGGGGAUGCUUCAGCCUUUUCCUAGACAGCAGUCGGGGAUGAAUGACAUGCAGCUUUUGCAACAGCAAGCAAUGCUCAACCAGAUGCAAGAACUUCAAAGGCAGCAACAACUUCAUCAACUAGAAGCUAGGCAACAGAGUUCUAUGAAUCCAGCGGCCUCCAUUUCAAAACAGACAGUUGCAGGCCAUUCUGCAUCUCUUAUUAAUGGCAUUCCCAUCAAUGAGGCGCCUAACCUUGUGUGGCAGCAGCCUGAAGUUAUGCCUAAUGCAAAUUGGCUCCAGCAUGGUGCAUCUGCAGUUAUGCAAGGGUCCUCUAAUGGACUUGUGUUAUCUCCUGAACAACUGCGCCUGAUGGGUUUGGUUCCUAAUCAGGGAGAGCAGUCUCUGUACGGACUUCCAAUUUCUGGCUCAAGACCCAACCUGUAUUCUCAUGUUCAGGCAGAUAAGCCUGCUGCGUCUCAGGUUCCUAUCCAACAUCAGUAUUCUCGCAUUCAAGGUGACAAACCAGCAUUGCCACACAUAUCAGCCAGUGGCCACUCAUUUCCAGUUCAUCAAUUUGCUUCAAUUUCGGAUCAAACUAACACAAAUGAUGGAAAUUCAGUUUCAAGACAGGAUAUUCAUGGAAAAAGUAUGUUUGGUUCUCUUGCUCAAGGUAUAAACAGUGGAUUAAAUAUGGAUAACUUGCAGCAAGUAAAUUCUGAGCAAAGAGAUGUACCAAUUGAAGAUUUUAAUGGGAGGCAAGAGCUUGGUGGAUCUUCUGACACUUCUCAGGACAAGGUGGCAGUGCAGGUUCCUUCUUCACAGAAUGUGGCUACCCUAGAUCCAACAGAAGAGAAGAUUUUAUUCGGUUCAGAUGACAGCCUAUGGGAUGGAAUUGGUUUCAGUAUGCUGGAUGGCGCCGAUAGUUUGGGUGGAGUUCCAUCAAUUCAGAGUGGGAGUUGGAGUGCACUUAUGCAGUCUGCUGUAGCUGAAACUUCUGGUAGUGAAAUGGGAAUACAAGAAGAAUGGAGUGGUCUAAGUUUCCGGAAUACUGAACGUUCUGGGACUGAGCGGCCUUCAACCAUGGAUAGCAGCAAACAGCAAUCAGUGUGGGCUGAGAAUAAUUUGCAGUCAACACCCAAUAUAAAUUCAAGGCCUUUUCUACGACCAGAUGAUCUCAGCAGCAGGCCCAGUACCACUGUAAACUAUUCUGGUCUUCCUGGAUUUCAUCAGUCAGGUGCUGAUGCUGCACAGGAACAGCAAGACAGGUUACAGACUGAUUCUUCUCAAAGAUCAAUUCCACAGUUUUUAGAACGAGGCAAAUGGUUAGAUUGCAGCCCUCAGCAAAAACCAAUUGCAGAGGGGAGUCAUAGUUAUGGGAAUGCUGCUAAUACCUCAGGCUUAGAAGUAAAUGACAAGGUUAUUACAGGUUCCUGGACCCAUCAACAGACACUGUCAUCCCCUAAUAAUAGGGGUGAGCAUUUCAAUAGAUCUAAUGGGUGGAAUGCUAUUAAAUCACCCACUCCUAGUAACAAUUCUCGUAUAAAGAUACGUGAAAAUGAAAGUGUUUUGCAGCCUCAUCAUGACAAAGCUGUGCAAGAGGAUAUGAAUCAGGUUCCUGCAAUGUGGGAACCUGAUUCUGAUACAAAUUCGUCUGGUGUGUUGGAACAUGCAAAGUCUUCAGGUAAUAUGCAGGUUUGUGGGGAGGAUUCUGGUAUUAAUGGCAUUGCUGGUAUACCCAAUUCAGGUGCUACAUGGGUCAGCAGGCAAAGCAACCAUCAGCUCCCUAAUGUUGAUGUAUGGAGACAGACAGAUUCUGUGGGUAGCUAUAGAAGAAAUGAAGGCGCAGGAAAAUAUAGGCAUCAUUUGGAGAAGAAUCCUUUAGUUUUGGAAUCAUUGAAGAAUGAAAAGUCGGAAGGAGAGGCACAUGAUAUGGAAAACUUUAACAAAAAGGAUAAAUCAGUGGAUGGUCUUGCCUCUAAUUCUUCACAUCACAGAACUAGUAGUUUGAGAGAAAGUCCCAGUUUUGAUGGUGAUUUGCAUAGUCCAAAGUUAUCUGGGCAGGGAAAUAGAAGACCUCCUGUAACUCGUAAAUUUCAGUAUCACCCAACGGGGGUUGGUGGUGUUGACAUGGAACCUUAUGGAAAUAAACAUGCCUUAAAUUCACAGCCUACACCGCAUCAACCAAUAGGAGGAUUUAAAGGUCAGGACCAAAGCCAUCCUGGCCAGUCAAAAUACAGUCAUUCUGAUGGGAUUUAUAACGAAACAGAGAAGGUCGACUCAAAACCUAUAGAUGACAAUGCUUCAAAAAGCAUGAUAUCUGGUCAUAUACCCAAAACAUUGACUACAUAUGAUAGAAGUGUUGGUAAUUAUGCCUCGAACAAGACUGCUUCAUCCAGUCAAAAUAUUCUUGAGCUUCUUCAUAAAGUGGAUCAGUCAAGGGAGCAUGGCAUUGCAACAAACACAAGCACUUCUAACCGCCCUUUAUCUUCCAGGGUGAUGGAUGCAGAAUCUUCGGAUGGAUCUUCUGUACAUCCUCAACGAAAUCAAGGUUCUUUGUCUCAGGGCUUUGGUUUGCAACUGGCUCCUCCCACUCAAAGGCUUCCUAUGACAUCAUCUCAUGCCACACCACAACAUGUUGCAUCUGAGACAGGGGAUAAGGGUCCUACUUGGUUGUCUGCUACUCAUACUUUUCCUCCUCGAGAGUCACCUCACGAGCUUAGAAAUAACGUAGGUUCCUCAGGACAACUAUUUGACAAAGCCUCACAGUACAGUGCACUGGGAAAUAUUCCACAGGGUUUUGCUGCGGGCUUUCCUUUUCCAAGGAUCCAUACUCAAAAUCAGAAUGUGCCUAAUCUUGGUGGACAAGUAGCAAACACCCAAUCUGAUAAUGCCAUGUUUUUUGAUCGGACUGCUUCCAGUAAUCAAGUAGAUGAGUAUUGUGAAAGAGCUCAAACUAGUCAAUCUGAAUUGCAAUCUGCUCAGGAGAUGUCCCAGAUGGAUAGUAUGAAUCAAAUCCGUGCUGGAGAUCCUUUCAUGAAAUCUUCAGCAUUGGAAGCUGGCAUUGCUCCUCAUUCUUCUGUUACAUCAUCUCCACAGGGUGCCCAUUCAAAAGUAUUACACAAUGUAUGGACAAGUGUUUCUAGUAAGCAACAUCCUAAUGCUUUGAAGAUUCCAUCCCAUCACCAACCAAAUAAUAUUUAUGAGACGACAACAGGACCACAGAAGCCAGGUAUUGAAGAUUCAGAGAAUGAUGGUAACCUUUCUGUACAGCAGGUGUUGUCUGAGAGUGUUGAUGCUGUUGAAGAGACUGCAAAUGCUUCACACACGAAGGAACAUGCGAAAUAUACAUCUGAUGCACCUCAAUCAAGCCCAGCUGCUACCUCUAAAGAUAUUGAAGAUUUUGGCCGAUCUUUAAGACCAAAUAAUUUCUUGCAUCCGAAUGUCUCUAUGCUAAAUCAAGUUCAGUCCAUGAAAAAUGUGGAGAUUGAUCCUAGUAAUCGGGAUGUCAAGAGAUUCAAGGUUUCAGAUAAUAUGGUGGAAAAGCAACAGAUAGAUUCCAACCGUGGACAACAAUCGUAUGGAUACAAUAACAUAGUCAAAGAUGUGUCAGAUAAUAUUUCUUCAGUGCCACCAUCAGAUCCGAACUUGGUAAACUUUUCAACAAAGGUGGGUGAUGCUCGUCGAGAUACUAAUGCAUCUUCUCAGGAGGUGAUUGGAUAUGGUCAGAGAAAUGCUCUGAAUGUUGGUAAUAAUAACAAAGUAACUGCUGUUGGAAGUGAGCAUUCUGUCAUAAAUCCUCAGAUGGCUCCGUCAUGGUUUGAGCAGUAUGGAACUUUUAAAAAUGGUAAGAUGUUGCAAAUGUAUGAUAUGCGAACAAUGACUCCACCAAAGAUUUUGGAGCAGCCUUUGAUCAUGAGGAACCAAUCUGGUGGUUUGCAUCUUGCUAAUUCAAUGGAGCAAGUUAAUAGUCUCAAUGAUGCUGGGCAAAAUCCCAUACUUACUUCGGUUUCAAAUGAGCAUCUGCCUUCUCAGUCAUUACUUCCUCCUGCAGUUGAACCUGAUCUGUCAUCUAGUAUGCGACCAAAGAAGCGUAAAAGUUCCUCAUCUGAACUUAUACCAUGGCAUAAAGAGCUGAGUCAGGGUUCUGAAAGGCUUCAAGAUAUCAGUGUGGCAGAAUUAGACUGGGCCCAAGCUGCAAAUAGAUUGGCUGAGAAGAUUGAGGAUGAAGCUGAACUAAUUGAAGAUGUGCCAAUGAAGUCCAAAAGAAGGCUUGUGUUGACGACACAGCUUAUGCAGCAACUACUUAAUCCCCCUCCUGCUGUAAUUCUCUCUGCAGAUGUCAAGUUGCAUCAUGAAAGUUUGGUCUACUCUGUUGCUCGAUUAGUGUUAGGAGAUGCAUGCAGUUCCAUCUCUCAAACAGGAAAUGACACAAUCAUGUCCCCUGGAAGGAAAAGCCUCCUGCCCGAUAAGCUUAAAGCAUCUGCGAAAUUUGACCAGUACAAUUUGAAAGUGGAAGACUUCGAUGGUAGAGCGAGAAAACUGGAAAAUGAUAUAUUGAGAUUGGAUAGCAGAGCCUCAAUUUUGGACUUGAGAUUGGAAUGUCAGGAUUUAGAAAGAUUUUCGGUGAUCAAUCGAUUUGCCAAGUUCCAUGGUCGGGGGCAAAAUGAUGGGGCAGAAACCUCAUCAUCUGAUUCAACUGCAAAUGCUCAAAAAUCAUACCCCCAGAAAUAUGUUACCGCAGUUCCAAUGCCUAGAAAUCUCCCAGACAGGGUACAAUGUCUUUCACUUUGAUAAUUAAUUAAUUCAUUUUUCCAUCUUUCUUGGUCAGUUGUCUCCACAACAUCCUGUUUAUGGUCCGUUUUCUUUCAACUUAUAUUAUUGCACUUCAUCGCCAUAGAACCAUACAACUGGCAGUGUAGGAGAAGAAUGGUUACUAGAUUGCCUCCCCAACCAUGGAGGCUGUUAGAUCUUUUCAAUCUAUAUAUGAAUGUAUGUAUGUAUGUCUAGAUCUUCGCAAUCUAGUUAUCUUUUUACCUUUG